UUAAAAACUGCAUUCCUAGCAGCAGUCCUAUCGAGAUGUUGGCUAUCAUUGCACAAUCAAGUGCACUAACUUUUAUAUGAAAUUCCUUUAUACAAUAUUAGUACUAAAGCUUUUCUGUCAAAAUUCACAUAAAAUAUGACUUUAAAUAAUGAAUAUCGGAAUUAGUUCAAAUUUCAAAACUUUCGAAAUGAAAUUUUAUGGACAAAGUAUGUUAACACCGUUUUUGCGACUGCCACGAACAUCCUUUAGAACUUUUGUUUCGCUGAGUACAUAGACUGUCGUAUUAAUUAAAUUGGUCAUAAUAUUUUGGGGGAAAGGGUGUUUGAAAGCCAGAAAACAGCAAUAAAUACAAUGAAUAUCGAUCUUAAGUAAUGAAUCAAAAUCAAAAGGAACAAUUUUGAAAUGGGACGAAUGCUCGACAACUAAUUUACUUAUCAAUUUAAUGGUAUCAUUUUAACUCAGUAAUAGCUUCCAUUCAUAUGCAACAAAGCUUAUGGAUUGUGUUUUGUGUUUGUUUUCAUCUCUCUCUUCGAUGGACAUAUUGGUAUUAAACUCUUUCAACCAAAGUCCUCGGGACGAUUUCAAUGUGAUGGCGGAUAAAUACUGUUUCAUUCAUUGAUGGUUUCUUUUAUUUAAUGGAGAGACAUGGCAUAUAUAUUACAGUUAUGUAAUAUGCCCAUUAUUGUGGUAGCAUUGUUGGCAAUCUGUUAUAACGGGGUUUUGGCUGAUCUUGAAAAUGCAUACUACAAAAAGAGCAGUGUAAGGAGCAAUGUACUACCGGUGUCUGACCUGGAUGUCUUAGAUGGACGGUUCACUCGUGUAAAAUGUGCCAGUCUCUGUCGAGAAGCAACUUCAUGUCAAACCUUCUUUUACAAAUCCGAUGACAAGCAGUGCAGUCUUUAUAAUUACCCUCUCCUGGAAAACACCCCCGUAUAUGCCAACACAGGCGUUGCCGUAUAUGAAACGAUCGGGUGUCCGAACUCUGACUUCGUUUACUUCGGAGAGGCUGGUGUAUGUCUGAAGAUUUUUACAUCAACAGCAAAUUUAUAUACGGACGCAUCUGCAGUUUGUCAGCAAGAGGGUGGGGAGUUAAUUCUACUUGAUACCAACCCAAAACUUGACGCUGUUGCACAUUAUCUCUCUCAUUAUUUUGGACCCAAUGCGGGAACACCUGUAGCUAUUGGACUUCACAGCACAUCCUCAAUUUGGACAUGGAGCAUUGGUGAACCAGUAUCUUUCAAUCAUUCCCAUGUCAAAACCCUAAUUAAUGAUUAUGACUCAGAGGUUAAUCCAUGCUAUUAUAACUACUGUGGUGUUUUACGGGUUUAUUCUACUGUAGAUAUCCGGACCUUUGACAUAUACUGCAUUAAUAUUCCUCACUUACUUGUAUGUUCAAUGCUUUCUCUUUUGUAAGAAAAUCAAAAAAUGAUGUACAUUGGAAUGCAUAAAAUAUUUUCAAACCGAUGAUAAAAUUCAUAUUCCAAAAUCAAAAUAUAACAUGUUUUUAAAAGAUGAAAAUUUGUCUAAUAUACAUGUAGUCAAA